AUGUCCAGCGAAGAUGGCCGUACCAAGACGGUGCUCUGCCACGAUGUAUAUGGCAACACUCACGAAACACCUAUUGACCAGCUACAAUGGCGGCCAUCGGCCUAUGGAAUCGUGAUCAAAAACGACACGGUGCUUCUCCUCAAGCAAUUCGGCAACAAGUAUGACCUUCCAGGCGGCGGCGUCGACAUUGGCGAGGAUCCGAAGGAGGCUGUUAUUCGUGAAGUCCAGGAAGAAACAGGAAUCACCGUAAAGCGACCACACCUACUCGGAAUGGAGUCGAAUCUGUUCCGUGCGGCUCAUUCUACGGACAAGUCUUUCCACAGUUUGCUGCUCUACUUUAGAUGUGAGUAUAUCGCGGGCGAACUGUCUCUGAGAGGUCUGGACGAAUAUGAGCAGAAGUACGUGCUAAAAGCGGAAUGGAUCCCUCUGAGCAGCCUCGACGAGGUUGAAGUUGGGAGUACCGUGGAUUUCAGGCCGCAAAUUCGACAGUGCAUCUCGGGAAACACGACGACGCUGGUCUGA